CCAUCUUCCCCGACUCCGCCAGCUACGCUCUCCGAUGUAUCCUCCCGUGCGAGUCGUGGUGAUGCCGUGCGUCGCCUUUAAUCAGCUGUGUUUUCGCGAUGUGAGUGUGUGAUAGGUGCAAUUCGGGGAUACUCCGCAGCAUGGGCAAAGAGCAGGAGCUUCUCGAAGCCUCUCGCAAUGGGAACCUGGCCGUGGUGGAGCGGAUUCUCAGUCAGCGGGCCAAAAAGACGGGACCACUGGCGAGCCUUCGGCGUGGCCCCGGGACCAACGCGCACGACCCGAGUGGCUACACGUCGCUGCACCACUCUGCGCUCAACGGGCACCGCGAGAUCGUCGCCCUCCUGCUGGACCACGAGGCGUCGGCGAACGCGGUGGACGGUCGCGGCUGCACUCCGUUGCAUCUGGCCGCCUGGACGGGAAACAUGGACGUGGUGCGGCUGCUGCUCGAGAGGGGCCCCUCGGUGGCAGACCCCAACCACGUCAACCAAGAGCACGAGACGGCGCUACACUUCGCCGCCCAGUACGGACAUGCGGCGGUAGUGGCCCUUCUGCUGGCGCGCGGUGCCGAGCCCGGGCUUCGCAACGUGCGCGGCGAGAGCCCGCUGGACCUUGCUGCCCAGUACGGUCGGCUGGACAGCGUGGAGCUGCUGGCGAGCGCGCAGGCGCACUCGCUUCAGCGGCUCGCCACGGCGCACCACUCGCCUCUCCACCUGGCGGCGCGCAAUGGUCACCGGCAGGUAGUGCGCCUCCUGCUGGACCGGGGAUUCCCCGUCAACUGCCGCACCGACAACGGCACAGCGUUGCACGAGGCGGCCACCUUCGGCAAGCUGGACGUCGUCCGGCUACUGCUCGACUACGGCGUAGACGUGGACCUCCGCGAUGCCCAGAACCGGAGGGCGACGGACGUUCUCGAAGAGCUCAACACGGGAAUCGCCAAACAGGCACGGGACAUGAUCCGAGAACGCGCCGAGGCGGACAGCGGCGGUUCGGCGGACGCCAGCCCGCGCUCCAUCAGCCCGCCACCGGCGUUUGCGAGUCCCGCGCCGCGGCCCGUGCAGUCUUCGGGCCUCCCGCGGCGUAACUCGGCGGGCCUGGGCGGUUCGCAGGACAUGCUGCUCGACAUGCACGCCGCCGCAGCGGCCUCCAGACACGCAAAGAGGCCCUCGCUAGGCGACGUGGCGCGUGCCUCGUCCCUGCGUCCCCUGGACGAUCACCACCACCACCGGUCGACCGGCAACGGCGGCGGCGGUCUCGUCCUCAGCCUGAGUCCCGCCGAGCUGGCGCAAGUCCCGCCGCCGGCCUUCUUCACCUCGGCGCGCUCCUUCGACGAGGACAGCAGCAGCACCACCACCACUGCCGGCUGGAACGCCAACACCACGUCCUCGUCGGGGUACCUGCCCAUGUCGGCGCUGCACCACCAGCAGGGCACCAAGCCGCUGCCUCCAGCGAAACCCCCUCGUCGCUCGGUGGCCUGCUCUCCGGGUGUGUACGAGCAGCUGUGCCUGGCCACCACCGGUGGUCCGCAGAGGAGGAGAAGGCUCUCGUCCGGAGACUCACGCUCCUCCGCCGAGUACGUGGACAUGAGGCCCAACGCCUCUGCGGUGCAGCAGCAGCAGCAGCAGCAACAACAUCAGCAACAACAGCAAGCGCAACAGCAGCAGCCUCAGCUCGACAAUCAUAGCGACGCCUCGUCCAGGCUCUGCGAACUCAGCAGCCUCUACGACCAGGCGGCCAGCGAGUGCCUGCAGCAGCAGUCCGGUGGGCGGGCGCCGCAGCACACCCGGUCGGCGAGCGACAACACGGGCGCCCCGCCGGACGAGAGGCCCGCCAGCCUGGCGCUGCACUCGUCCUCGGCGGGCUCCAAGCGGGCCACGGUUCAGAUCCCGCUCAGCCCGAGCCACUACGACCAGCCGCCCACGCCCGAGUUCCCGCCGCCCUCGCCGGGCACGGCCGAGUCCGGCAUCCACAGCAAGAUGAGGCCCCUCAGCAGGGAGUACGUGGUGCAGCAGCAGCGUCGCCGGCGGCUCGGAAGCGGCAGCGACGGCAGCGGUAGCCGGCGCAGCUCGCGCGACGUCGACACCCUGACCGACGAGGACGAGUUGUUGCUCGAGCUGAACGGAGGGGACGCUCCGUCGUCGACGACAGCCACCCUCGUCGUGUCGUCUUCCUCGACGUCGUCGUCGCAGCAGCCGCCGCCGCCCGCGUCGGGUAUCGUCGAAGAGAUCGUCGAGGAGAACCCGUUUGCCGGCUUGUGCCGGGGUUCCAGCAAGACGGACGAACCCCAGCCAACAGCCCCGGCGGCGACCGAGCCUGGACGACCUCGGCCAGGCCCCAAGCCGGCGCCGCCACCACGCAAGCGGGGACCUCCAUUAGACAUCACUCCUACGCCGCAGAAAGAUGGUGAGGCAGCGGAAGAGACGCCGAGGCAACAAGAGCACACAGCAAGCCCCUUUGACGAGAAUGCCGAAUGGGCAGAGAUUGCAGACAUCAUGGCAUCAUUUGGGAGUGGCAUCGCGAGGGAGUCCAUUUUUGCCAGAGACAUUGAAGAGGAGUUUGCCCGCACGCUUACAAGGCAGCACAAGAAGAAAUCAGAAACAAACGGAUCUACAUCAUCAUGCCCUGAAAGCAUUGAACACUGGCUCCAAGACCUCGGGCUUCCAGAGUAUGCCAACUUGCUUCUGGUGAACGGAUAUGAUGAUGUUCGGUUUCUGGGAGGUGGGCUUGUCGAAGACCAAGACCUUCUCGACAUGGGUGUGUCCAAUGCCGAGCACCGGAAGCUUAUGGUAGAGUCGGCGGCACAGAAGCUUCCACCAGUUCCUCGGCUAGAGCCUGGAUCUGAUCCGGGCUUGGACGCCUGGCUAGACUCCAUUGGUCUUGGCUGCUACGCACAACGUUUCCGGGACAAUGGGCUUGGCUCUCUCGACCGCUGCCGCCAAAUUUGGGAACUCGAACUGAACACUGUGUUAGAAAUUAGCAAACUGGGACACCAGAAACGAAUACUCGCAUCCUUAGGUGAACGGGCAAACAACAGCUAUGCUGACCUUGAUGAGCUGGACCUUGGUCUUUCUAAAUUGAACAUGGGCCUUCGGGAGCUUGGAGUUGAAGAUGACGACAGGCUGGCACCAACUAGUCUUCGCAUUCGGCCGCCAACGCAGCUGAUGAGCGAUCCCGGUCGAUCUCCUGCUUCGCAUAGUACCGCCAGCACGGCAGCUGCCCAGUGGAGGCACGACCCAGAAAUGCUCAUCAAAGGCUCCUGUGAAUACACUGCGCAUUACCUCGGCUCGACGCUUGUGAAGGAACUGCAGGGGACAGAAUCGACGCGGCAAUCAAUCCACAAGCUCAAGACAUCGACACGCAAGAUGGGCAAAGUGCCCUGUGUGCUGUUGUCAGUGUCACACCGUGGAGUCAAGUUUGUCGACGCUGUCACCAAGCGCCCUGUGUGUGAACAUGAGAUUCGGAAUAUCCACUGUGCCUGCCAAGAUGCCGAGGACCUGACUCACUUCGCCUACAUCACAAAAGAGCACCAAACGAACCAUCACUACUGUCACGUCUUCUGUGCUCAGACAAUGGAGCUGGCCACGGAGAUCAUCCUGACGCUGGGCCAGGCGUUCGAGGUGGCCUACCAGCUCGUCCUGCGCGGUCAGAGUGGCAACGGCACAGCAGCGUCGGGCGGCGGCCACCAGGACACGUUGUCGUGCCAGCGGUUACCGCAGACCAACUCCCACCGGACAUGACAAUUGUCAACGAGGUUCUGAGCUGGAACAGAACCUCACCCCAGACGCUGCAGUCACACGUCAUCGUAACGCCAUCGUUGCACCUUAUAUCGACACGUUCGUCGAGGUUCGCGGCCGCGUCGUCUUGUUCCCACACCGCCGCACUUUCGGACGCCCGACAGGGCGUUUACCACCGACCAAGGGAUGAAGACGAGACCCCUCUUCUGUGUGAUCGCAGCAGCCGGCUCGCUUGUAAAAGAAACGAAAACCGCGGAUUAGUGUGAGCCUCGCAUUCACACGCCGUCUCUCUAGUGGAUGCAUCAAAGGAGCCCCGCCCCUUAUCAGUCACGAGGUCAUUCCUUAGGUGGAUGGAUGGACUGACGCCGUGUUGUGCUUCGAAGAGUCAGUGACGUCGACUUAGUGGGCAGUGGAGAGCCCUUCCUCAACGCUGCUGGAGGAGAUGCUCACACCGGUGAUGGAUUUCGAGUUUUUGUUACAGUUGUCGCGACGGACAGACUACGCAGAAGCGGAGUGUCGGUUGUCUGUGUAAAGAUUUAGUGAUCGGUUUUUUGUUCCUAGGCGCUGACAAUGACGAGAGAUGACGCCAUGUUUGCGUACCGUUGGGUCUUCUUAUUCGGCCUGCUGUGUCACCGGAACCAGUCCUGCGUGGUUGGCAUAUAGGUGUGGAACACCGGUUCUCUAUCUGCGAACGCCUUCAGUGUGCAGGCUGCCGCCGUCACGCGAUCUUGGCAGUGGCACCGCCGGUUUGUGGACUACGUUCUGCUUUCGAUACGAAGUGUAGGACCGAGCGGCUCGACAAAAAAAAAAAAAAAAAAAAAAAGAGAGAGAAAGCAAAUGGGGAAAAUUGCGUGGCAGCUUUGCCGGGAGUCGUGGCAUCGGGCUAUAUGCCAUGGCUACGACGAAUUCCGGCGACAUGAAAACUUGCUGAACUUCGUUGGUGGAAGAGAAAUCAUCUACCGUCUUCUUCUUUUUUUCUUAAAUGUAACUGGAACGCGCGCAGAUCCGCAGAAACACUGUCUGGACUGUUGGUGGCGAUGACUUGGACUUUCUAGAAAACAGCUGCUGGAACGGCAGCGGCUCAUUCCAAGGGACCUGUCAACUGUAUACUGCUUUAGUAUAUGCUAUAGCUCUUGCGGUCUGUGUAGAGCACUCUCCGUUGUACCUAGGGUAAGCGAUGCGGUCCAUCAGGAAAUACGGCGAACGCCGGAGCGACAAUACAAAUGCAUUCUUGGCAUGCGCUCCUCGGGAUGAGUGGGAGUCGACAGAAAACUACUUGACUCAACCCUUGAUUUCGCAGUCGCACUUAUUGAGCAAGAAGCGCCUAGUUCGUCUUAAUUCCCGGUCAACGCUGCUCCGAUUUGCCUAUAGGCGCCAGUAUGUGCGGCAGAUUGCCAACGGGAAGAAACGGUUUCUUCAUACAAUGACUCGCGGUACGUUUUUACCGUUUCCCUGACGUUAAUCUUGUGCGAGCAUUUCACGCAAUGUAAAGAUAAUUGGAACAAUUGGUUGUAUAUUUGUUGAAAACAGCUGCGCAUUCUUGCGGACGUUUAUUCCGGUAUUUCGCUUCUCCCCUGUACGCGGGAGUGCUUUCUCGGACCAUCACAAGCGUUCACAUGCGCGGGAAAAAUGAAAUCUAGCUUUGCACAUUAUGGCGCAGACAGAAAAAUAUUGGCGUUUUCCGAGGCCGUUUUGCCAAGUAAAAAAUGGUAGCAUAUGCUGCCGCUCGAUGUCGGUCGGCCCAAAUCCAGCUCGCAGUUUUGCUAAAUACAAACGAAGUCUCCGCUGAGCAGUGUCGGGCCAGAUGUUUAUACGUGAAAGCGCUUAUAUUUAUGUAGUGAUUAGGUGAGAGCUUGAAGCGGUGACGCUCUAUUUCGUGCUUCAGCGAAUCUGUGAUGUAUUUUUAAAGCAGGUUGUGUAUGCGAAGCGUCAAUGGUCACUGGUGUCUCUUUGCCGUUUUUUUUUUCUUUUUGUUUGUUUUCAGACGUUAGUGCUGUGUCGUUGUUGGAGGCGCCCGAGCUCAAAUAUGGCGCCCAGCUGUCCCCUAGCGGAGGUGUGCCGCGCUAACCGGUCGCUUUGUAGAGGCGCCUUCAACGCCGCCUGGUGCCACGCGAUCAUCGUUUACUGUUUAUUUGCGCACAGCACGCUGUUGGUGCUCCAUCCACGGCAUUCAUGCAUGGGGGCUACUGUAACGGUGUGUACUGACGGUUUAGCGCUGUACUAAUCACGUUAAAGCCUGGUCUUUGUUUUUUUUUUCUUUUCUGUUGUCCCCAAAACGUGCUGGUGUUUACACAGCCAAGCCUGACUUGCGCGCACUUCGUAUAAAGGUGUAUUGGGAAAGGACUGGUGCUCGCGAGAACAGUGCCAAGUUGCAGCUAGCUUUACGAUGCCAUCGGUGUUCUUUCAUAUCCGCUGAAGUGUACCCUCUUUUUAUGCCUGAAUAACACGUCAAGGCCUCCACGACGACCGCGUUGUCUUAACACAGAGGCGCGUUACGUUCGAGCUAUAAGUCAUUUGUGUCGCGCAGUAGAAGUUUGUAUACAAUACAUUUUACCGAAUUUCUUAGCUGUCAAAAGACGGGAAGAUUAUGUAAACGAUAAAGCGAGUUUCUAUAUACUGCGAGUGAUCGUUGCUCUCGCAACGGCUUUUUGAACUUCAUGGUGCGUGACAGCUAGCGUAACACUGAAAGCCGGCCUGCGAAGCAGUCGAGGCUGGUUUAGAUGAAACUUUGUAAUGCAUUGAACGUUAAUGUAAUGAACUUUGUAAUGCGUUGAACGAAUAUACAUGUCAGGCGAGCGGAUGUGGGAAGUAUGGAACCGUAGUUCUGGUCAGCCACUAAGUUAUCAGCGGGCCUGCGCAUUAGCUCAACCAUCGAUUAAUCAGUUAGAGUUUAUUACGCAAAUCGGGCACAAAGGUCACCCGAGUUAUGUGCGCACUGGGCAGCAUCGUCUCUCUGGUCUGUUACGAGUAAUCCACGUAAAAACGCGUCGAGAACCGGUGACGUCAUUAAUGGUACGUCAUUGCAUAGCUAUCUCGCCUGUCCGACAGCGCCAACGAUGGAUGAAAGUUUGUCGGAAGCAUACCUGUAGUGAAGUCCGUGUAAUCGUGGCUGGUUUAGGUCAUUUUUAGGUGUACAGCUUUUAUCGAUCGACGAAGAAAUGAGAUUUCCGUUGUUUUCAUUGUGCAAAGCUAUAGCCGCAGUGUUUAAAGUUUCGAAGGAUGUUUGAGAUAAUUUAGUCUGAAUUUGGGAUUAUACUAAAUAGGCCGCGCCGGUUUUAUAUACCGGUGACGAACAAACGACGUAAGGUUGUUCUCUUAAGAAAGGAACACACCCCCUUUCUCCCGCUUUGCGGGCUUUGUAUAGUUCUUCGUGGGCUGGGUUUGGGCCGGUGUUAGGGGAGACAUGCCGAAUUGGAGCCCCGUGCGCCAUUUUCACAGUGAAACAAAUGUUUAUACAUGGCGUUCACAGAAUAUCUGCGGCCACCCCUAGUCAGCCGUUGGCGCCCGCGGCGUUAAGAUUUUUUUUUGUCCCCCUCGAUGUUUCAAAGACAAGGCGACGUGGUCGCUACUCGACGUGUACGAUAUUCUACUUAUACAUAUUCUAUAUACAUACAUACACAUAUAAAGUAUAUAUAUAUUAUACAUAUUAAGAAACUCUACUUGCGCGCGCUGCAAUGGGACUGGCGCAUUGUGAUGUAUAGCGUCAUUUUUUUUUUUUUAAGACUUGUAUACUGUACGAAUAAAGUGACACGUGAAUUGUGAAGUUGAACAGCUGA